AUGAACAUGGUAAAGAGCCCGGGGCAGCUGCAGCAGCGGCUGGCGGGGAUGGUGGCUGUCCGGGAGAAGUCUCCAGCCUGGUCUGCCCUGGGAGAGGAGGGGCCGGCGACUGUGAAAAAGAAGAAGCACGGGCAGGAUGAGGACUGUAGGGCAAAGCUGAUCCUCAUCAAUGGGGACGAUGCACCCAGCGUUGUACUGGAGGCCAAUGGGAAGCCCAGCACUCGAGAUUCCAGGGGCCUGGGGCUGCUGUCCCUGAAGAAGGAGGACAGCAAUGGAGACCUGUCCAAGGAGGACCUGGCCUGGCCGCUCGAUCUGGCACAGAGGGCAGGGCGGACCCGGCACAGGAUGCGGAUCAAGGAACCACCACGCAGUGUGGAGACUCUCAGGGACCUGCCAACUCCCGUGCGGAGCUCCAGGCGUCGCUCCGCCGUGUCCACGCCCGUGACCAUCGACCUGACGGAGGAGGACUCGCAGGACUCGUCCCGCAGCAGCAGCACACUGUCCGGCAGCAGCUCCCAGGAGGGGCAGAACGGCUCUGCUGAGCUGGGGGCCGAGGAGGCAGAGAGCAGAGACAUGGGCACAGUGCUGGAGUACCAGGAUGGGAAGGAAUUUGGCAUUGGGGAGCUCGUCUGGGGAAAGAUCAAAGGUUUUUCCUGGUGGCCUGCGAUCGUGGUGUCCCACAGAGCCACGGCCAAGCGCCAGGCGGUCUCAGGCAUGCGGUGGGUGCAGUGGUUUGGAGACGGGAAAUUCUCUGAGGUUUCUGCAGACAAACUGGUGGGACUGAUGGCCUUUAGGCAGCAUUUCAAUUCCUCCACGUUCAACAAGCUGGUGUCCUACCGCCGUGCCAUUUACCACGCUCUGGAGGUUGCCCGGAGCCGGUCAGGGAAGACAUUUACAACUGGCCCCAGGGAGUCACUGGAGGAGCAGCUGAAGCCCAUGAUUGACUGGGCAAUCACUGGCUUCAAACCCCUGGGGCUCAAGGGACUGCGGCCACCCAAAGGCUCAGAGAAUGGGGUGCUGAGGAAUGGGACAGAGGAGGUGGUGUCCCUUGAACAGUGUCCCCCCACCAAGAGGCUGAAAACCUACCCCUGCAACAACAGCAAGGAGCAGCGUGUGGAAGAGGACCAGACCCGAGAGCAAAUGGUUUCCGAAGUUACGAACAACAGCGGGAAGCUGGAAGACAGCUGCUUGUCCUGUGGGAGGAAAAACCCGGCCACCUUCCACCCACUGUUCAAGGGGGGCCUCUGCCAGACCUGCAGGGAUAGAUUCCUGGAGUACUUCUACAUGUAUGAUGAAGAUGGGUACCAGUCCUACUGCACCGUCUGCUGUGCAGGCAAGGAGCUGCUGCUCUGCAGCAACACCAGCUGCUGCAGGUGCUUCUGUGUGGAGUGUCUGGACGUGCUGGUGGGGCGAGGGACAUCAUCCAGAGUGAAGGAGCAGGAGCCCUGGAACUGCUACAUGUGCCAGCCCCAGCAGAACCGCGGCGUGCUGCAGCGCCGGCAGGACUGGAACACUCGCCUGCAGGACUUCUUCACCAGUGACAAGGGACAGGAAUACGCUGCACCCAAAAUCUACCCAACAGUUCCUCCAGCGAAGAGGAGACCAAUUCGAGUGCUCUCGUUGUUCGACGGGGUGGCAACAGGACAUCCAGGAGCGGCCACAUCGAGUGGUGCUGACGAAGGAGAUUCAGAGGCUAAAGAGAGCAGGACUGCGACCUCAGCCCUCUGUCCGUUGGCAGGGUACACGGUGCUGAAGGACUUGGGCAUCCAAGUGGAGAAGUACAUUGCCUCAGAGAUCUGUGAGAACCCCAUGGCCAAGAGCACCGUGCGGCCCGAGGGCAACAUCACCUAUGUGCACGAUGUCAGGAACAUAACCAAGAGACAUAUUGAGGAGUGGGGUCCUUUUGACCUGGUGAUCGGUGGAAGCCCCUGUGACGACGUCUCCCUUGUCAAUCCGACCAGGAAGGCGCUCUUUGAAGGAACCGGGAGGCUGUUCUUCGAGUUCUACCACCUGCUCAACUACGCUCGUCCCAAGGCGGGCGAGGAGCGGCCCUUCUUCUGGAUGUUUGAGAAUGUGGUGGCCAUGAGGCUCAACGACAAGAGGGACAUUUCCCGGUUUCUGGAGUGUAACCCAGUUAUGAUUGAUGCGAUCAAGAUAUCAGCUGCCCACCGAGCUCGUUACUUCUGGGGCAACCUCCCUGGGAUGGACAGGAUCUUUGGCUUCCCCCUCCCCUACACAGAAGUCUCCAACAUCAGCCGUGGCACUCGCCAGAAGCUGCUGGGGGGAUCGUGGAACGUCCCUGUGAUCCGGCACCUCUUCUCCCCACUCAAGGAUUACUUUGCCUGUGAAUAGCAAACUGGAGGUUCCCUCAUCUCUCUGGUAAAGAGGCACAGCACCGCUG